AUGAAUCAUCUACAUGGUAGAAACCAGCUGCUUGACUUGCCUGCGCCGCCGCCGCCGCCGCCGGAGAGUGGCGCCAUUGGGCCACUCGCAGAGGCCGUGGAGUUGGUGGAAAGCCCGAUUGCACGCAGAGGUCACUCCCCACUUCGCCCACCAGAGGUGGUGUGUGGGAAAUGCUACGCCGGUGCCUUGGAGGAGAUGGAGAGGACAUUGUGCCACUACUUCUCACUGGACGCCACGCCCUUGAUGGAGGACGCCUCCGGCACAUUGCCUAGUGCGUUGGAGGUGCUCCACCCCCCCUUCCCCGAGCUCUCGCAAGGCGACGAGGAGAGGAGAGAUGCAUCGGAUUCACCGCACUUCAUCAACGUCGGGGAGUUGCAUGUUCUGCACCCGCUGUGCCCCGACUGCACUCUCCCUCUAAGCAGUUGCUCGCCGGCAUCGACGCACUUCACGGUCCUUUACGACCCCCGCCCCAAGUUUUACAACACUCUCAGGAACUACGCUGCCCGGCAUGCGAUGGAGGUGGCGUACAGCGCGCUGCGAUGCAAAUCGAUCAUUGUCUGUGGAUGGGAUGGGGCUAGUGUUGUGGAGGCCGUGAAGGUGGCGUGUCUCUUCGUGCCAGGGCUGUUGCAGGGCCGAGAAUACACCCUUCGUCUGUGCAUCCUCCCGGCAAACUCCUCGCAGCUCCUCUCCGCGGAGGGCAUCCUCCACCGCUUUGCCGUCGCUGGCUGUCACGUGAAUGCGGCUCUGCGCCACGGUGCACCGCAGUUUGCGCAGACCUGUACGUGGCACGCUGGGCGUCAGGGGAAGGCCCGUGGAUGCCGCGCAAUAAAUCCGUACGGGGAUUAG